AAGAAAUUAACAACUCUCCUGUUCUGUUCUUGUUUUGAUUUUUCGCGAUUAUGUCAUUUUUUUCAAAGUUCAGUUCUUGUUGGCGGUCGGCGGUGGUGGCGCCGCGCGUCUACCUGGACGGCGCUGUGGCAGAGGAGGUGAAGGAGCAGAGCGUCACGAGACUGAGGAGUUCGAAGUCGGAAUCUGCAGCGCAUUGGCGGCCGGCGCUAGCUGAUAUACUGGAGGAUAGUAAAGGGGAUCGGUCGCCGGUGAAGAAAUCCGGCAAAAAGAAGCCGGAGAAGAAAAUGUCCGGCCGGCAAGACAGGCUUCUGACCAAGUCGUAUAGUUGUCAUGGCAGAGAUAAUUACUGGACGAACUCGGUGGCGAUGGCAAUGCCGGUGUUUUCGCCCGUGCCAGUCAUGUUUUGAAGGUAAAUUUUGGUGAUCGGAAAAUACCAUACACAGUUGGUUGUCGGAGGAGAAAUUAAAAGGGAAUCAAAGCCGUCGCCGAAAGUGGCGUUAAGUUACUCCCACCGUCGUAUACGGUUUCAGAUUCAGGCUAAAAGCUUGCUAGUGUUUUAGUAACAAAUUAAUAUAAAUAUCAUUUUUCUACUCACCAAAAAAAAAAAAAUUAUCAAUUAUGAAGUGGAUUUUUGUUUAAGAUACUAUUGUUUAUUUUGAUUUUUUAAAAAGAGAAAUAUUAGUCAGCAAGCCGUGUGGUGUAUUAUCACGUGGAUAUUUUGGCAUUAAUUUGAGUUUUUAAUUGGAAAA